GCGACAGACAGAGCAUCACGGCGCAGCAGAGCUCCGCGGUCACACUGUGGAAGGACGCGCCGAUCUCCAAGGAGAGGGGAAAUCGGCUCUGUUGGCCGGACAGUGGCACACACCUGAGUCAGGAAGAAAAAGAAAGAAAAACUGAAGAAAAAAAAAGCGGCUGGGUUUCAGCUGAUGAGAGAAGUCCUGAAUAAUUCAGGAUUUGGCGAAUUUCUGCAAGUCGUUCGGAAACUAAUCAAACAAUGCACUCAGUUGGAGACGGCUGACACCCGAGGAUGAGACUCAGAGGAAGUUUUUGGCACCCGCUGUUCUGUGGUCCUCAGGUGGGACCGGUAGGUUGCGCGCCUCUCGGUCACCUUCUGGGGUAAUGUUUUGUGGCGACGUGUGCGGCGCGCCGGCGUGCGUGUGACUGGCUGACCGACAGUCUUUCCGAGAGAGAAAGAGAGGCUGGAUAUAAACAGUAGUCAGGCUGUCAGGCAGCGGCGUCGGGACGCACGGCGCAGGCUUUCCUCCUCUCUUGCCGCUCCUCAGACCCAUGCAGGAUGCCCGGGGAGCGCCGCCGGGGAGCGCUGGUCCAGCUCAGCCCGAGUUCAUGACGCUCCGGGCGGCCUCGUGAUGCGUUUUUUGCCCGAGCCCAGCGCCCAUUCCCUUCGGCUUCUCUUCCUGUUUAUCUUCGUGAUGGGGGUGGCCCCCUCUCCGGCGCUCACAGCCGGCUGCCCCGACGGAUGCGUGUGCGACGACCAGCUGGUGGUCCAGUGCGCCGGGAAGGAUCUCACACUGUUCCCCAACGACCUGCCCCUGGCGACCCGGCAGCUCAUCCUCUCCAACAACCGCAUAGGGGACCUUCCAGCUCUCCAGCUGAACUACCUGUCCGACCUGGUCUAUCUAGAUUGUAGCAACAACUCGCUGACAGAAAUCUUCGAGUCCACUUUCGGGAACUUGCGGAAACUCGCGUACUUGGACUUGUCUUUCAACACCCUGCUGCAGAUCGAGGACCGGACUUUCGGGCCGCUGGUGUCUCUGGUGAUGCUCCGGAUGACGGACAAUCCGAGUCUGGCGGAGAUCCACCCGGACGCCUUUUCGGAGAACUUUGCCCUGCAGGUGCUGGACGUGAGCCGAAACAACUUGACGGUGUUGAACAUCAGCAGUCUGAUCGCCCUGCCCGCUCUGCGCUCCAUGGGCCUCAGCGGGAACCCGUGGAGCUGCGACUGUGACACGGAGGACCUCUGCCUGUGGGUGCAGAUAGAGGGAUUCAAGUUCCAAGAUGAGGGCCAGACGAUUUGCCAGAACCCUCCGGAGCUGGCGGGCCAGCGGUUGGCGGAGGUCGGCAUGCAGCUGCGGACGGACUGCCACCAAGGCUUGGGCUACUGGGACUACCUCUUCUUCAUCGCCAUUGGCUUUGUCAUCUUCUCGGCUGGCACGGUGUCAGCUUGGGUGAUGGGCAUACUCAUGGUGCUGUACGAACGCUACAGCAAGAGGAAGAGCGAGGAGCUGGACAGUGAGGAUGAGGGUGAGAGGGGCCCCAUGAAUGGAAGCAGCGGAGGAGGGGACCAGGGCAACGGGGAUCUGAGCAAACCCAGCAUGCAGGUGUAAGAGACUGGAGUGGAGGAGAAGCACCUGAAAAUGUUACUUGAAGGGAAGAUGAGAAAACAGACAAAAAUGGGGGAGAGAGGAGCCUCCGCUCUGUACUGAGAUCUGCUUGUCUCUUCUUGUUCCAGAUUUAGAUAUCGCAACUGCUCUUUAACAAAAGUGUGUGUUCAAGUGUGUGCGCGUGUAUGUGUGCGUGUGUGCGUGUGUGUGAGAGAAAAGAAACAAUCAGAGACAGCAAUAAGGAUGCCUUCAAGUUUGGAGAACAGAAUAACCUCUGAGAUUAUUGAGAGCAAUAACCCAGCACAUACAACCACAAAGUUCCUCCACACAUUGUAAAGUGCUCUUUACCAACACCUGGUGUGAGUGAGUGGCACGUUCAAGCACACACCUGCACCCACGAAAUAAAAGGGGAAAGGAGGAGGUUACAAAAACAAAGACCGAUGCCUUAAAUCUGCCACAUUGGAAACAGGGAAACUGGUUUAUAUCAGUGUUUGAUCGGUAUUCUCAGAAUGCCCAAAGGCAGCCGUGUCCAGCUCCGGUCCUCAAGGGCCGGUCUCCUGCGUGUUUUAGAUCCGUCCCUGCUGCAACACAUCCCAUUCAAAUGAAUGUUUUACCUUCUCAGUCAGCUAUCCAGGUCUACAGAGGCCUACUAAUUGAACGCGCAUCAGAUUCAGCUGUGCUGAACGAGGAACCACCCAAAACAUGCAGGACUAACACCGGGCCGUGAGGACUGGCUUUGGACACCACUGCCCUGAGGGGCUCAGUCGUUAUAGUCAACGUUAGCUGUUCUCUGUCGAGGACUAAAUCUGUCCACAGGGCAUAAACUCAUUUUGGGGUAUAUAUAAUUAGACAGAAAGCAAAGUUGUGUGAAUGUACAUAAAACAAAUGAAUCCUAUCUUAUUAAAAUACAAACGUCAAAGGUUUGUGGGUCCUGCUGUUCAAAGUAAACUCAUUCAGCUCUUUAUAAAGUUUGCAAAAGGGGUGCAGUAUUUCCAGAAAGCUUUCAUGGGAAGUUAGGCAGGGGAACUUUGGAAAUGUCACAAUGUGUAAACUUUCCUCUGUAAUUGGGUUUAUUCAAGCAAACCAUGUCUUAUACAAACAUGAGCAUAUUUUGUAAUAGGCAGCCUCCCAAGAAACUUAAUAUUAUUCAAAACCAUUAGAUUUGAUUACAUUUGUAGGUAAAGUUCAAUUCCAGCUCUAUUACCAUCCUAUAAAUUCCUACGGAUAUUAUCCAACUUAAAAAAUGUAUGAAAUUUUGCAACUACACUGUUUUAUGUCAAAAAGGCACCUUGAAGUUAUUUUGUUUUACCUAACAACUAGAUUUAGCGGAAAAGAUUUGCCUAAUUUGUUUCGUAGCCUUCGUGACAGGCAUCUGGUUAAAAACAAACACUGAUGCAGCUUUCACUCACGAGGGACUCCAGGACAUUAACAUA